AUGGAUGAUACAAACCUUAAUGCUAUUUUUGAUAUUUACUUAUCGUCUCCAUCGUAUACUCACGCCUUUGAACGAACAACAAAUGAUCUGACUUGCGUCAGUAAUUUUAAUGAUCUAAGUGCUUCUUCUUCGUCACUGCAGUUCCAAACUUCUGAACAAGCAAUAAAUACGGCUGAUACGAAUUACGAAGAUGCAUUUUAUGUGAUAAAUGCUUUUCCAUCCCUAUCAUCUUCAUCUCAGACCUCUGGACAAACAAAAAAUAAUUCAACUUGCACCAGUAAUUUUCAUGAUCAAAACGCUCCUCUUUCAUCUUUGUUGCUGCAGCUUUAUGCUUUUGAACAAGCAAGAAAUACUACAGAUGUGAAUUUCGAAGAUGUAUUUUAUGAGAAAAAUAAUUUUUCAUCUUUCUCAUCCUCACUUCAGGAAGAUAAAUCUACUUUUUAUGAGAAUUUAAAUGCUUCUUGUUCUUCAUCACAGAUUCAAACUUCUGAGGAAACAAAUAACGUUGAAAUGGAAACUUCUGAGAAAACAAAUAAUGUUGAAAUAGAAUGUGAAUCUACUUUUCGUGGGGAUAUAAAUGCUUCUUGGUCUUCAUCGCAGAUUCAAACUUCUGAGGAAACAAAUAACGUUGAAAUGGAAUGUGAAUCUACUUUUCAUGAGGACAUAAAUGCUUCUUGUUCUUCGACCUUAA